AUGCCGCCUCCAGCAAGAGCAACAGUUGAAGACUUCAGAGACGAAGACGAUCCCUAUGCUCCUUACCGACCUGGUCAAAGCAGUCGUCGAUCUCGCUCAGCGUCUUCUCAGUCCAGUAACAGCUCCGAUCUCUCUUCCUCAUCUACAGCAUCGUCAAAUCCAACCGGUCGCACAUCACAUACCUCCACAUCGCCCAACCAACACCAGCGGAGUGAACUGUACGACAACCCCUCCUCAUCAGCCUCUUCCUCUCGCCCUCAGGCCCCGCCCGCGGAAGAAGAACCUCUCUUUGGCGGUACACCAUUUCGCGAUACGCACGACCCCUCAUCCUCCACCUCCGCCACUGCAGCCUCUUCUCCGGACAAGGAACAUCUCUACGCAAUCCUAAACAUCCCCUCAGACGCCAGCACAGAUGCUAUCAAAGAAGCCUAUCGCUCCCUCGCCGUCGUUCUUCACCCUGAUAAGCAUUCCGAUCCUUCUCGAAAGUCUGCUGCUGAGUCUAGAUUCCGAGAAGUCCAAAGAGCAUACGAAAUUCUUUCUGACCCAGAGAAAAGGACGAUAUAUGACUACUUUGGCGAAGAAGGACUCAAAUCCACCUGGAGUGUAGCGGUAAGGGGGAGAAGCAGGGAAGAAAUGGCAGCAGAAUUUGAAAGGGAAAGAAGAAGAAAACAGGCAGCAGAUGCGGAAGGCUUGGUGAAGAGUAAAGGUGAUUUUACUGCUCAUAUCGAUGCUAGUAGCUUGUUUGCUCAUCCUAGCCGUAUCCCCCGGCGACUACCAGCAAGGGGUUUAGGGGGCAAGGAGGGUGUAGCGCCCGCUCCUCAAGCUGGGCUGGUUGCAGGUUUUCCAAGGACAGUGACGUUGGCAGAGAGAGUGAACAGAGUCGGCUGCACCCAACUUGUAGGCAAACACGGAUUCGAAACGCAAGUGACGAACACCACUUCCGCUACAUUCUCCGGCCAGAUGGUAUCACGCAAUGGUCUUGGGAGUGGCAAUCUUGUCGGCACAUUGAAGACGCAUUGGUCUCCAAGGUUGUUUACCGACAUCACACUUGCUUUUCUCCGACCGCAAAUUGUUACUACCAAAGGACAGUAUACUGUGGACGCCAACUCCUUCUUCUCCUGGCAAGGUACGCUACAGACUUUAAUGCUCCCACCUACCCUCAACUUGACUUAUGCUCAACGGCUAUCCGCUAAGAGCACUUUGACUGGGUUCACCAGCGUUCGCAGCGGAACUUACGCCCUCGGACCGUGGGGAGGCAAAGUCCUGGAUGGUAGUGCAGGGGUGAUGGUCCGACGAGAACCAGCUGCUGUAUCAGUGGGAUUGACGAAGCAAGAGGGCGAUGGGAAGGGGUGGACAAGCCAGCUGAGUAUUAGUCCUGUUGAUCAGAACAUCUCUGUCGACUAUGGGAUGAAGGUGCUUGGAGGGGUGAAAUUAAGGACAGGAUUGAACAUCGGUACUGGAUCAGGCAUCUCAGCUUUCACCAACGCCGAGCGAAGAUUGACGGAGAAUGUACGUCUUUCUUUGGGGCUCAACUGCGCCUUGCCGGUAGGAGGGGUUUCAUUGAGGGUGAAAGUGAAUAGACUUGGGCAGAAGAUUCUGGUUCCGAUUACGCUCAGUCCCGAGUUUAGAAGCGAUCUGGUGGUGCUAUGCAGUGUCGUUCCUGCUGCUGCGUACACUGCGUUACACUAUGGAUACUUGGAACCGCGCAAACAGCGUCGCCUUCAGAACAGGUUGGGAGAACUUCGAGCUCAAAAUCAGGAACUUAUUCUCGAGCGACGUCAGGCAGCUUUAGAGGCCCUAGCGGUGCUUCGAGAUCAAGCGGUGAAGAAGGCUAUUCUCGAACUCCGCAAGUCCGGUCUAGUGAUCGUCGAAGCCUGGUAUGGCCGAAAAGAAGCUUUCCCUUCGCCAAGAUUCUCUCCGACCACCUUCUCGCUGGACGACGCGGAACACCUUUGGGAGCAAGAAAAGAUGAACCCAACACAACCAGCGGCAGAAGGAGUGGACUUGGAAAAGGAGACAUCAUGGGACGUGCGAGUACCCUUACAAGCACUGGUCAACAAAGGCCAACUGAUCAUUCCUGGAGGCAGAAGCAAAGCAAACUUGCUCGGAUUCCACGACCCGGUGAUGGGAGAGAAGAAAUGGUUGAGUGUAACGUAUGCGUUUCGAGGACAAUUGCAUCAGACGGUGGUGGAGGAUUGGGGUGAGAUUGCUUGUCCUAUGCGCAUUCAUCAGCUCACUUAG